CUUCUGUCCUUGGUCGCCUUAGUUACGCCGCUUUGUUACCGCUCUCCGCCUCUCAAAUCUCAAAUCGCGCGAGAUACGCACUCCAAAACUUGCUGCUUGAGCUGUUGCGAAGUCCGCGGAGUUCGUCUGGACCAGUCAGUCGCAUCAGCUGCAACUCACAGGUGAUUGCUACGCAGCUACAAUGAAAUUCGACUUGCUCUUAUGGACUCAGCUCAGUCUGUGCAUCGGUGUCGCGUUUUGCAGUGCGCGCAUAACUGACAGGGACAGGAUCCGCCCUCUGGGCAGAGAUGGCGAGAGCGUGUCGCAAGCUUUUCCCAUCGUCAUGUGGCACGGCCUGGGUGAUUCCUGCUGCAAUCCGUUGAGCUUGGGCGGAUUCAAGAAUUUCCUCGAGCAGUCUAUCCCCGGCGUGUACGUGAACUCCUUGCGUAUCGGCACCAACAUGAUCGACGAAAUCGGCAACAGCUACUUCAUGAACACAAACGCGCAGGUUGAAGAGGCUUGCAAUAUCAUCGCUAACGACUCGAAGCUAUCCGGGGGCUACAAUGCGCUCGGCUUUUCCCAGGGCGGCCAGUUCCUGAGGGCAGUGGCGCAGAGGUGUCCCGAGCCGCCCAUGCGAAACCUCAUCUCUCUCGGCGGGCAGCACCAGGGAGUCUACGGGCUUCCAAGGUGUCCCGGGGAAAGUUCGGCGCUCUGCGAGUAUGCCAGGAAGCUUCUGGACAUCGGCGCUUAUUGGGACGUCGUUCAAAACCACCUGGUCCCCGCUCAGUACUGGCAGGACCCUUUCGACCGACAUACGUACAUUGCCAAAAGUAUUUUCCUCUCCGACAUCAACAACGAGCGCGUCAAGAAUGAGACGUACAAAGCCAACCUGCUCAAGCUGAAUAAUCUCGUGCUCGUCCUGUUCGAAAACGACACGGUGGUCGAUCCCAAGGCAACCAGCUGGUUCGGCUACUACGCGGAGCACGACGACAAGACGAUAGUGCCUCUGCGCGACCAGAAGAUCUACACGGAAGACUGGAUUGGCCUCAAGGAGCUUGAUCAGAGCGGCAGGCUUCAUUUCUUGUCCACGCUUGGCGACCACCUUCAGUUCAAGGACGAGUGGUUCACAGAGAACAUAAUUAAGCAGUAUUUGCUGUGAGCUUGGGUUUUUUUUUUUUUUCUCUCAUCUCGCGACACAUCCAUGCAGUGACACCUUAUAUAUAUAUAUAUAUAUAUAUAUAUAU